GGCCCCGCCCCUCUGGCCGGGGGUUGGACAGGGAAACCCAAUCCCGCGCGCUGAUUGGCCGGCUGUCCUCCGGCCGCAGAGUCUCUCCUCCGGACUCCGGGAGUUGAGAUCUGUACACAGGAGGCGCAACGCAGCGCGCGCGCCCUCACGGACCUAUCCCCGGUAUCCCCGGUAUCCCCGGGACGCAGCAGGAAUUACCACCGGUUUGGGAUUUUAUAUUUUUAUGUUUCUUACCGACAGAAGCGCGCGUGAUUUAACUCCCCCCCCCCCUUCAUUACGCACAGAUCUCCCGGUGACCCGCAGCUCCCGGAUAACUCCCGGUUGGAGACGAUAGCCUCCAAAACGCGCACGGAUUACACGCGCCGCGGUCCCGCUCGGACUGUAUAGCCUCGAAUACGCGCCGCCGGCGGGCGGGUGUGUGUGUGUGUGUAGGGGGGGGGGGGGGUCAAACGGGAGGUUUUUAACACCGGAGCCGCCGCGUGCCGCGGGGACCAUGCCCGGGAUCCGGCGGCCGCUCAGCGGGGCCGCGCUGCUGCUGCUGCUGGCGGCGCUGCGCGGCGCGCGCGCGUUCGGGGACGAGCCCGAGGAGCCGAGCUGCGACCCGAUCCGCAUCGCGCUGUGCCGCGGGCUCGGAUACAAUGUGACCCGGAUGCCCAACCUGGUGGGCAACGUGCUGCAGGCCGACGCGGAGCUGCAGCUCACCACCUUCACCCCGCUCAUCCAGUACGGCUGCUCCAGCCAGCUGAAGUUCUUCCUGUGCUCCGUCUACGUGCCCAUGUGCACCGACAAGGUUCCAAUCCCCAUCGGCCCGUGUGGCAGCAUGUGCCUGUCCGUCAAGAGGAAGUGCCUCCCGGUGCUCCACGAGUUCGGCUUCAUCUGGCCCGAGGUGCUCAACUGCAGCCACUUCCCACCUCAAAACGACCACAACCACAUGUGCAUGGAGGGCCCCGGGGACGAGGACCCGCCCCACCCGCCCAACCGCCACCCGCCCCACCACCAGGAGGACUGCCAGGCGCUAGGCUCCGCCCCCGACCAGUACACCUGGCUGAAGCCGGCGGAGAGCUGCGCGCUGCAGUGCGGCUACGACAGCGGCCUCUACCGGCGCGGCGCCAAGGUGUUCGCCGACGCGUGGAUGGCGGCGUGGGCCGCGCUCUGCUUCCUGUCCACCACGCUCACCGUGCUCACCUUCCUGCUCGACUCGCAGCGCUUCUCGUACCCCGAGCGGCCGAUCAUCUUCCUGUCCAUGUGCUGCAACCUGUACAGCGUGGCCUACCUGGUGCGGCUGACUCUGGGCCGGGAGCGCGUGUCAUGUGACCUGGACGCCACCGCCGUGCCCAUCCUGGUCCAGGAGGGACUGAAGAGCACCGGCUGCGCCAUCGUCUUCCUCCUGCUCUACUUCUUUGGCAUGGCGUCCUCGCUCUGGUGGGUGAUCCUGACCCUCACCUGGUUCCUGGCUGCCGGGCUCAAGUGGGGCCACGAGGCCAUCGAGAUGCACAGCUCGUACUUCCACAUCGCGGCGUGGGCCAUCCCGGCCGUGAAGACCAUCGUCAUCCUCAUCAUGCGGCUGGUGGACGCCGACGACCUCACCGGCCUCUGCUACGUCGGCAACCAGCAGCAGGAGGCGCUCACGGGCUUCGUGGUGGCGCCGCUCGCCACCUACCUGCUCAUAGGCACCCUCUUCAUCGGCGCCGGCCUCGUGGCUCUCUUCAAGAUCCGGUCCAACCUGCAGAAGGACGGCGCCAAGACGGACAAGCUGGAGCGCCUGAUGGUGAAGAUCGGCGUGUUCUCGGUGCUCUACACCGUGCCGGCGUCCGCCGUCAUCGGCUGCUACCUGUACCAGCUGAGCCACUGGGGCGAGUUCCGGGCCGCGCCCCGGGACUCGUACGUGGCGUCGGAGAUGCUCCGGAUCUUCAUGUCCUUGCUCGUGGGCAUCACGUCGGGGAUGUGGAUCUGGUCCGCCAAGACGCUGCACACCUGGCGGCGCUGCACCGCGCGCCUGCUCUGGGACGGGGGGGCGGGCCGGGGGGGCAAGAGGGCGCCGGGCGGCGAGGGCUGGAUCAAACCGGCGGGGGGGGGGAAGGGCAACGAGACGGUGGUGUGA